CCUUAAACGACCUGAUAGUUUGUUAGGCAUCGCGUUGGCGCCGGCGUUGUGAAUGCUUAGUACUGCAUUGUCGUUUGGGUUUCGCUCGUAAAACGUAGAAGCCGGAAAAUAAAUAUUCGCGACUCCCAACAAAUCUCACUGUGCAGAGAAGGGUCCGUUCGGCAAUGGGGGAGCAAUUGCAGAGAGACAAAUCAAACCCUAGAAUCGAGCCUGUGAAGCAUGGAAGCAUUGACAAGAAAGGCGAAUUCGAGUUCUGCAAGGUCUGCAAUCUCAAUCACAACCAAGGUCUGCGACACAAGUACUUUCCUAGCCACAAGAAGUCCCUCUCGACCUUCCUCUCCCGCUUCCGAAAGAAAUUUUCCGAUAUAUCCUUCUUCCUUAAAAAUCCUACCAUUCUCAGGCUAGAACACGCUUCUCGCAAUCGAUUUUGGUGCGUUUUCUGCGACACUGAUGUCGACGAACUCGCUAGUUCCUUUGCCUGCGCUAACGCGAUCAAUCACCUGGCAAGUGUCAAUCAUUUGAAGAAUUUGAAGCAAUUCUCCUGGAAAUAUGGUGGUGCCAUGGAUCAAUUGGAGGCAUUUACGGUUUCGGACGCCGAUGUUGCUAAGUGGGAGAAGAAGUGCAUGACCCUACAAAAAGAAGCUGUUUUAUCGAGUGAGGAAUGUCAUGGAGAAGUCUCUGGAACUUCAAGUGAUAUCCAUAAUCAAUUCAAUCAUGGAAAUAUUGAUAAAUUUGAUAUUACUUAUUCCCAUUCUGUAAAUUCACAUCCUUCAAAUAGUGUUUUGCCUUUACAAUAUCAUACAAAUGAGUGUCAGGUAUCCAAUUCAGGAAUCUCAGGAACUAGCAAUGCUUGUGUGUUACCCUAUUAUAAUACCUCUUCUCUACUUUCGGAAACCAGCUCUGGUGCAAAUUCUUUUCAUUAUAAAGAUUUUGUAGGGAGCUGCCAUGCUCUCCGUUGUAGUGGUAGACAAUGGUCUGGUGAUGGUUGCUCCAGUACUGACGAGGUGCCUAGGGACAGAAGAAUGUUAAGCAAGGAGAGCAGUUGUGAAGGUUUGCCAGAUCCCAUACCAUUCUCUUAUGGAUGUGCGGAAAAAGUGGGCAGCAAUGUUCCUUCUGAAGCUCCUCCUCCAUGGUUAACUGAUGGACUCCAUAUACACGAUAAACCCAUCUUAGGUGAUCUUGAUUCCUCUUUGAACAAGUCUAGGAAGUCUAGAAAGUUAAAUCCAAAACGUAUAGGAGCAGCUUGGGCAGAGAGGAGAAAGAUUGAGCUAGAGAUGGAGAAGAGGGGAGAGACUGUAAGGAAGGAGUAUGAUGCUAAUUGGCUUCCCAAUUUUGGUAGACUCUGGCAAUCUGGCACCAGAAAAGAAUCUAGAAAGGAAUUCGAGAGGGAGAAACAGAAGUUAUUCAGGGUUGAGGUUGAACCAGAAAUACCAAUCAAGAUACAGCCUUAUGUUAGCAAAAGAAUGAAAAUGGAUAAUAAUGGUGGCCAUAUAUGCGGGUGAAUUUUCUGAUGACAGCUUGUUUGACGACUGGAAAGCCCCAUUUUUGCAUUCUUUCAACUCUGGAUUUGAGGCUGAAUGAAAUCAGCACAAUGAAACAUGGUGAAUUUCUGUGAAAUUUUCCUGGGAAGAAAGUGCCCGCAUGGACUGUGCAUACAAGUACCCAAAAUAAUAUUGCACUAAAAUAUAUCAAUGGAUCGAGCAAUGAGGGAGCUGUUGGUCUGGCAUCUGCAACAAUUAAUGCUGUCAUAAUGACCGUUUUGCUUCACUUCUUGUGCUGUUACUUGAAUAUAUGUUAAGUUAUAACAUCAAUUUUAUUAUGAUUGAUCAACCAAACUGUUGUGGCGGUAUUAGGUGUUCUGUAUUUCUGCUAACCAGCCUGAUGUUGGGUGCAGGGAUUACUGCUUUGACAUUCCUGGAUAGGGAUAACUUUGUAGUACUUCCCAUUUUUCAAAUAGGCAGCUGGAAUGUUACCAUCGCACAUCCAGAGUAGUGUGUAUUUUAGUGAGUUUUGUUCUGGCUAGUUGAGGAAUUGUUGAUUAAACUAAGUCUUUUAUCAACUAAUGGGCCAUGAUUUGUUCAGUUAUAAA